GCUCUCGUUCGCACUUGGCAGCAACCCGAACGCGUACGCGACCGUCUCCUUCCGAACGAAGGAGACGGUUCGCCUCCUCUCAAUUUCCUUCCCCAUUGCGUCUCUAAACCUAAUCUCCCGCCGCCGAGCGCCCUAUGCUCCCGCCGAGGCCCUGUUAUUAGCCUCCUACAGUCAAACAUCGCUGCUAGUGCUAGGCUACGGUGCUUCAGCCGCUCGUCAUCUGACGAGGGCUGGAACUUGGAGCUGCUGGCCAUCAUUCUUGGUCGUCUUUGACUGGGACUUCCUUGAACUAUUUGAUGGAUAGUAUAAACCAAAGUGCACUUUACUAUGACCCCCAGAGGGAUGUAUCAGUUUCAGGAGCUACUCAAAGUGUGACAAACUGCGAGCCUCAUGUGGUUCAAUCUGCUAACUCUUAUAUGCCUUGCUCAACAUCGGUUCAACAUGACUACACUGCUGCCCAAUAUCCAAACUAUUACUAUAACUAUCUACGAGCAGAAAAUGAUUCCUCUGUUCUUCAAGGAAUAGGUCAACAUCCUGGUGCUGCUUACCAGUCUCUAACUUCAUUUCAGAACUCAGGAUCUUAUGUUGGUCCUACAAGUAACACAUAAUAUAAUUCUGGUACUCAUCAGACUGCACCAGGAUAUGCCUGGGGUGAUGGAAGUUCUGUGAAUAAUCAUGCCCAAUCAUAUCAGAGUUACACCCCAGAUAGUAAUGUAGCCCAGAGUUCUAGUUCACUACCCGCAAGCUCUGUCUACUAUCAACAGCAGUCCAACCAAUGGCCUUAUUAUUAUGAUCAGCUUGCACAGACUUCUGGUGGUCUUGCAGUUGCUGAUAGCAAUGCUUCAGUUACAAAUGUUGCUACUGUUGGUCCUGAUUAUGUACAUCCCAGCCACCAGCCACCUCCACCAGGCACUACAUCAUGGAUGACUGAUGCUGGUAACACUGCUGCACCUCCCGCACAGGCGGUGGACAUUCAAGGAUAUCAAAACCAGUAUGCCCCCAAGGUCCAAGUCACCCCAGUGCUUCAAAACCAGUAUAUUAACAACACAGCAGGUAUCCCAACGCUUCAUAACCAGUAUGCCACCUCAGCAUUCCAGCAUAGCUCUGUAAAUUAUAAUCAGCUACCGGAUUCUAGGACAUCAAAUGGUCACAUGGUUAACAAAGUACAGAUCCCAAUAAAUCCUCAAAUAGCCCCAGGUCUUCCAAUAGGAAUGCCCAAAAUGGAUGAGUCAAAUUUAGAAGCUGAUUCAUCACUGAAACCUGCUUAUGUUUGUGUUUCAAUGCCUAAGAACGAUGUGAAGGCUGCACAAGAAGGUUCUGAAGAAGUAAUGCGGGUGACGAUAGGUUCCAUUUAUUUCAUUCUUUUUCGCUGAUAUGACCAUACAGCUAAGGUCAAUGGGAUCUUUCCCUGUUUCACUGCGUACUUAUGUUGAACGGAAUCUUGCCCGUUGCAAGGAUGAUACCCAAAGGACUGCCAGCCGAAGUAUCUUAAAAGAGAUAAUCACAAAGGCUACUGCUGAUGGGACCCUUCAUACGAAGAACUGGGACAUUGAACCACUAUUAACUUUGCCAGAAAUUACUGCAGGCGCAAAUAUGACUAGUACUGGGACGGAUUCAAGUCCUUUUUCUUUUUCAUCAUCAAGGAGGAGUCCUAGUAGGCGUACAAAAAGUAGGUGGGAGCCUGUUGCUGACGAAAAUGUUACUAACAAUGUGGAAGUUUGUAAAGAAUCUGCAAAGAGUAAUAUCUGCAGUAGUUUGGAACCAACCCAAAGAACGAGUAACAGUUGGCAUCUGAAGAAGUUUGUCCAAUCCCGGCAAGUUCCUUUUAGUCAAUGCAGUCAGAGUACAACUAAAAAGCAACGAACUGGUGGUGCAAGUCUAACUGAAAAUGGAAAUGCCUCAAGUGACAGUAGUAAGGAGCAGGAUAUAAUGAAAUAUUACCCCAGUUCAAUCGCACUAGCAAAUUCACCUGAGGAAAAGAAACGACGGGAGCAUAGAUCUAAGCGUUUUGAACGGAGUCAAGAUGUGCCAUCAAAAUCUGGGAGUUCUCUACCAGAUAAGGAUGCCACAACCAACAUAUAUAAAAGGAGAGCUGUGUCACUGCUUCUUAAUAGAAAUAAUGUGGACGAUGCUGGCUUCGCAGUGGAGGAUUUGGAUUGGGAUGCUCUGACAAUCAAGGGAACGUGCCAAAAAAUUGAGAAACAGUACCUACGCCUUACAAGAGCGCCUGACCCUGCCGAAGUACGGCCAGAAGAUAUCCUAGAGAAGGCUCUUCAUAUGGUUGAAACAUCAGAAGAGAAUUAUCUUUACAAAUGUGAUCAACUAAAGUCUAUUCGACAAGACCUUACUGUUCAGAGGAUUCAGAACGAGUUGACUGUCAAGGUUUAUGAAAGCCAUGCACGUUUAGCUAUUCAAUCUGGAGAUUUACCUGAAUAUAAUCAGUGCCAAUCUCAGCUAAAGAGGUUAUAUGGAGGACUCAAAGGCUGUAACCUUGAAUUCUCCGCUUACAACUUGCUAUGUGUCAUGCUGCACUCUAAUAGCAAAAGAGAUUUGCUUUCAUCGAUGGCAAGCUUGCCAAAGGAAGCCAAGAAAGACGCAACUGUCAAGCAUGCCCUUGAAGUUCUUUCUGCUGUCUUUUCUGGCAAUUAUAUUCUGUUUUUCAAAUUAUACAAGGUGGCACCCAACUUAAACUCAUGUCUUAUGGACCUCUAUGCGGAACGAAUGCGCUUUGAGGCUAUAAAAUGCAUGUCGAAAUCAUAUUGCCCAACUGUACCAAUCAGAUAUGCUGCACAGGUUUUGGGAUUUUUGGGAAUCGAUGAAGUUUAUGAGACUAAUGGGGCUGGACUGGAAGAAUUCAAGAAAUUGUUAAAAGCACAUGGUGCUGUUCUUUCAGUAGAUAAUGAUGGAGAAGUGCAGAUUGACACAAAGGUUUCUUCUACUUCUUUGUACAUGCCGGAACCUGAGAACGCUGUUUCUCAUGGUGAUGCAUCUCUUGCUGUUGAUGAUUUUUUGGCACGAGCAUCAUAAGACAUCCUGGUGAGCACCACUUCCUGCCCUCUUCUUUUGCACUGGUCUUUGGAGGUGCUGCACAAAUGCAUGUCGCCAAGACCAGUAGAGUUACCUUUUGCUAGAUGAAAGAAAAUUACUAUCACACGAAACAAAUAGGUGUCCAGGACAGAAUACAUGCAAGUAGGUGACUUUCUCGUAGUCUCACUCUCACAUUGUGUUCUGACGCUGUUAAUAUGGCUGGCUAUUCGUGUUAGUCUGCAUCCAUAUCCAUAUGAUCGUUUAACUGAGAUUGAUGGCAUGCUCAGAGUUAUGUUGGGUGGAAUUGUGCCAGUCAGAUAACUUUACCAUCCAGACCUCAAGUGUACAUGUUGAAAAAUGUUUUCGAAUCAGUUCAGUGUAUUAUACAUUUCUGUACACAUCCUGAUGAUUCUAACAUCUCUAAUUCUUCACAGAUUACAGAAAAUAAGUUAAUAGGAACUUGAAAAGGCUGAUAUUAUUGUCCUCAAAUUUGUUCAUUUUUCUCUGUAAAAGAAAAAGGAUGAUCUGGGUUUCUUAAUACUAGCUAGACUCAGUAGUGUCAUCUGUGAAGCUUUUGGCGUUAGCUUAUAGUUCACCACCAUAAAUAGCGUCAGUAGUGAAUCCUCGUGACUGCUAAUUGGCAGCUAUGCGGUACUACUUUAUUUUUUUUGUCAUUUCUGAGAUUGUUGAUCGAUUUUAGUUUACAAGUUUAUUAUGGUCAUUAGUAAAUGGUCCAUCUGUAUAUGUAUGCUGUUUUGGACAAGCUGUAGUAAAAAUUUCAAGCUUAAUACAAGCAGAAGUGAACAAGUAAACCCAAUAAAUUUGGUGCGAAGGGUCUUUUCAUUUGUGUUA